UCGCGUGGGAAGGGGUGGGAUCUGCUCUGCUCGGCCCGGAGACCCCGCGCCGCCCUGCCGCUCCCCGGAGAGAGCCUCCUAUUGACGGGGCACCAGUUGCAGCGCGUUUAAAGCUGCAGCACCGCCUCCAGCCAGCAGCCAUAGCGGAAUCCAGCCUCAACAACAUGACAUCCCUCGCGCGCGCUUUGUCGCAGCCGACGCUGAAUCUCACAGAAGUGGCCGAUGUUUCCCCUCAGAGGAACACCAUGCGGCAUUCAUGUCGAAGGAGAAAGCUGUCGAGCUGCAACUCGCUGGAGUGCGAGGAGUUGGCGACGUCACCCUCCGCCACCGAGGCGCGCGUGCUGGUGUUGAACACCGGAGGGACCAUCGGGAUGACGCUUCACAACAAUGUGCUUGCCCCAAAAGCCAACGCUUUUGUGAAGAGCCUGCGCAAGUUGCCCAUCCUCCACGAUGAGUUGUAUGCCCAGCAGACCGGCCUGUACCAGUACUAUGGAUCGGAGAACAGUCUGGUCCUGCCGAAGCCGACGCCCCAUUCUGACCAUCUAUUUCAUGGGCUGAGUGAAGACAACAAGAGGAUAGUCUACACGGUUAUAGAGUACAACCCUUUGCUGGACUCCUCAAACAUGACCACGGAUGACUGGGGUAGAAUUGGAAAGGACAUUGAGAAAAACUACGAAGACUACGACGGUUUUGUGAUCCUGCACGGCACGGACACGAUGGCCUACACGGCCUCUGCCCUGUCCUUCAUGUGUGAACAUCUGGGCAAACCAAUCAUCCUCACCGGGUCACAGGUGCCGAUCUACGAGAUGAGGAACGAUGGCCGAGACAACCUGCUGGGGGCGCUGCUGAUCGCGGGCCAGUUCGUCAUUCCCGAGGUGCACACGGAUGGUCCUGCAUAUGUUAAGUCCUGCAGCGUUGAACUGAUUCUGUCUUUGGAGAGGAGCAAAUGUUGUGCAGUAAAACGCGGUUUUUUGUGUGUCUCUUUUCAGGUGUGCUUGUACUUCUACAACAAACUCUACAGAGGGAACCGUGUGACCAAGGUGGAUGCCAGGAGUUUCAAUGCGUUCUCCUCUCCGAACUUGGCUCCUCUGGCCGUCGCCGAGGUGGACAUCACAAUCAACUGGGAUACAGUGUGGCGGGCGAACACCACGGCAAAGUUUCACGUCAGCACUGAGCUGAACCGGAACGUGGGCCUCCUCAGGCUGUUCCCAGGAAUCACCGCCGCUACCAUGAGGGCUUUCCUACAGCCACCCAUGGAGGGUGUCGUACUGGAGACUUACGGCAGUGGAAAUGCCCCCGAUAACCGGCCCGACCUGUUGGAGGAGCUGAAGAAAGCCACCGACUCAGACGUCAUCAUCAUCAACUGCACCCAGUGUCUGAGGGGGACGGUGUCUGCAUCUUACGCCACCGGCAAGGUGUUGAUGGAUGCAGGGCUGAUAGCUGGUGGAGACAUGACUCCAGAGGCGGCCUUGUCGAAGCUGUCCUAUGUACUGGCCAAGAAAGACAUACCUUUUGAUGCCAAGAGAAAGAUGAUGGCUCGGAACCUGCGAGGUGAGAUGAUUUCCGACUUGGCUGGAUCCAAACUGUCUCUGAGCGACAGCCGGUUCAUCCAAGUCAUUGCCAAGUCUUUGAGCAUCAGCUGCAAGAAGGAGCUGGAAGCCAUCCGCGAUGCCCUGACCGCUCCACUGGCAUGUGCCGCCGCGAAGAUCGGAGACGUAGAGGCCCUGGAAGCCCUCAAGGAAAUGGGCACUAACUUGUGUCUGAGUGACUACGAUGGACGCACCCCCCUCCAUAUCGCCGCCUGUGAGGGCCACCUCAAACUGGUGGAGUACCUCCUGAGUCAUGGAGCCACAGUCUAUGCUAAAGAUCGCUACGGGGACACACCCCUCAGCAACGCCGUACGCUUCAGGCACAAGGAGGUCGUGAAGCUGCUGCGGAAGACUGGAGCCCACUUCUCCAGAGACGAGUUGGAUGAAGCGGGAACCGAACUGUGCAGCCUGGCAGCCGGCGGGGACCUGGAGGGGCUCGAGAUGUGGAAACUGGCUGGAGCUGAUCUGAAUAAACCCGGCUAUGACGGACAGACGGCGCUCCAACUGGCCCGUGCUGUCGGAAAAACGGAAGUGGUGGCAUUUUUAGUGCAACUCAUGAGCAAAACAUCCACGCCAGUAUUUGGUGAAUUUAAUGAGUAUGUUGAAUAUGAGGAUGAUGAUGAGAGCGGAGCGAUCGAGUUUUCAGCCACCCCGACGGGACCGUGAGCCGACGUCUCUCGACCAAUAGGAAUCCUCCUCCUCCAGCGCCCGCUUCCUUCCCCCGAAGCCGUCCUCUUCACACCGUCCACCGCACUGUUACCUUUCACAGAGCUCCUGUGACUUUGAAUGUUAGAUUGUUUUACCUUCUUAAAGCCAUCGCUGCUUACAGUUCUCCCUCCAAACCUAGAAAUUGCACAACUUUGUGGAAGCACUACUUUGAGCGCAAGGUAAACAAAGAGGGCAGCACUCCAUGUGUGUGGGUGUGUGGUUGUAACACGGGAGUAUAUUUAUGUGAAUAUCCAAUCAGGGAUUACGAGUGAACUUCACCUGAGCUGUUUAAUCACGGAGAAUGCUGAAACAUUGUGUUAUAUGUAUUAAAAGAGUUGCAGAACUUUUGACUACAAUGACGUUACUUUAUAAAAUAGUGUCGCAAUAUAUUCAUGGUAUCUGAAACCACAGGCUACACUUACAGAGUUUAUUUGUAUGGGUAUUUUUUUUUGACAGUGAAAUGUUGAAAAGUUUCAAUAGAAUCUAUUUUUACUAUCCGGGAUGUUUUUCAUCUGUCGCCCUUGUCCACCGGCCGUGAAGCAGAGCACUUCCUGUUGCUCACGCAGGGACUACACACACCUGGAGUUCCCUUCCAGGCGUCUCCAGGCGACUUCUUGCACUGAUUAGCAAAUUUGAAUUAGAAAAGAGAAAAUCAGACCAUUGUGUGAGCCAGAUAAAGACUCUGUUCUCAUUGAUUUUGAUGUAAACUUAUAUUUUUAGCAUCCACAAUAACAAACUGACUCUGUUUAUAUUGUCACGAGUAAUGAUUUAAAACACCUUGUUUGGUUUGGUGGUCCGUGUAUAUUACACUGAUGUUAGCAUCUGUAAGGGACUAUUCUGUGAAGAGCAAACUAAUUUAAAUGACCUGAAAUCGUUCCUGUCGUUUCAAACUAUUGUCCCAUUGACGUAUUGAAACAGGGUGUGUGUGGGAGAGAAAGUGAUUCGAUGCAACAGAAAUAAAUCAUUUUCUUUCAAAG